AUGACAACUACCGCUGCAGAUAAUGCGUUGCCUCGCGCUAAGCGACUGAAAAUGCUGCGCGAUGCCAAGGCUCGUAAGGAGGGUGUUGAUAUAACGAGUGAGGAAUUAGGUAUUACUGGCACUGCAGAGGUCCCGACUUCUACAAACGACGCUAUUCAAACCAGUGAAGUAACACAGUUGACAACGAGGGCCGACGAAAAGUCAGAAGAUUUUGUUGAGAAGAUGACGCAGGCGCAGGAAGAUGACGCAAAGACAGAAGAUGAAAGCGAUGAUGAGCUUCUUAAUUUAGCGCCUAAGCGCGCCAACUGGGACAUUGAGCGCGAUAUCGCGCCAAUGCUACGCAAAUUGGAGCGACGGACGCAACACGCCAUCGUCGAAGUUUUGCGUGAGAAAUUAGCUGCAGAGCAACAGGAGGACAGUAGUGAUGGCGAUGGUGAUGAGGAGCAAGAGAAAAUUGCUGAAGAGGAUACUGGCAUAAUUAACAAAUGA